AUGCCAGAGCAAAGUAAUGAUUACAGGGUGGUGGUGUUUGGAGCAGGAGGAGUUGGCAAAAGUUCACUGGUCCUGAGAUUUGUUAAAGGCACCUUUAGAGAUAGUUACAUCCCUACAAUUGAAGACACUUACCGGCAGGUGAUCAGCUGUGAUAAGAGCAUAUGCACUUUGCAGAUUACCGAUACAACAGGGAGUCAUCAAUUUCCUGCCAUGCAGCGCUUGUCUAUUUCCAAAGGACAUGCAUUUAUUUUGGUCUAUUCGGUCACCAGCCGGCAGUCUUUGGAGGAACUCAAGCCCAUUUAUGAACAGAUAUGUCAGAUCAAAGGGGAUACAGAGAGCAUUCCAAUCAUGCUGGUGGGAAACAAGAGCGACGAGGACCACAACCGAGAGAUACAAACCGCUGAUGGAGAAGCCAUGGCCAAAAAAUGGAAGUGUGCUUUCAUGGAGACCUCAGCUAAAAUGAACCACAACGUCAAAGAGUUGUUCCAAGAGCUGCUGAAUUUGGAGAAACGAAGGACUGUGAGUUUACAAAUUGAUGGCAAGAAAAGCAAGCAGCAGAAAAGGAAAGAAAAACUGAAGGGCAAGUGUGUGGUCAUGUGA